UCAGGUUACAGGCUCAGCAGACGGUAUUACCAAUGAUAGAAUUAGAUGUGAUUGGAUACGCUUGCUGAUUCAAGCUGUUCUUUGCACUCUGGAGAUGGGGAGGCUUCAUAACAUGGAGGAAGAGAAGAGAACAGAUAUGGCGGAAGGAGAGAAUCAGCUGCCGGUACUAAACCUGCUUUAAAGGGGAAAUUCAAGAUGGAGACUAUAAAAUCGGUGAUUUAUCUUCUGGCAUAGACUUGAAGGAUGCCUAUAAUCACAUACGGACGCAUCCGAAUCAUCAACGAUUCCUCAGAGUGGCAGAUAUCAAGGGGAAAUGUCUGGGCUUCCUGGUUCAGGGAGAGAGAAGGCUAAGAAGCACAGACACAGAUAUUGCCUGUCAUGUGAGCAGCCCCUACCUGAUGAGCAGCGAGAGGACUACUGUGACAACUGUACGGCGGCGGAUUCCGUCCAUUCUCAUAGAUCGUCUGGAUCCAAGAGGUCUAGGAGGAAGCAGUCCCGCUGCAUUUCUUGCAUUCAGCCCUUACCUGAGGAUUCGCGGUCCAAUAUCUGCGCUUCCUGUACUCAGCCGGAGGUCGAGUCUGACGCAGAGUCCAGAAGGCUAAUGAGCCUCUUUAAAGGGUAUACGAUUCUGGAGAUUCCUGCUUGCAUUACAGCGUGUUAUCUCGACUCUGGAAAUCCGAUUUAGUAACAUCUAUUCCAGGAAAUAGUACGCCUGUUGACUGAUUUGAACGAUCACUAAAUUUGGAAUUUCCAACAUGCCCUCGUGCAUUAUAAAGGGAUGUACCCACACCUGGAAAAACAAAGAUAAAAAUAUCAUAAUGCAUGUGUUUCCAAAAGAUCCCAGAAUAGUCCGGAAAUGGCUUGAGCAGGCUCCUGACCAUUUUCCAAACGUGGACGAAUGGCUUGAAAAAAUCUUGGAAACACAAAAAAAAAAUGAUAAUUAUCGAUUGUGCUCAAAGCACUUUGACUAUUUUUCAUAUGAGGAAGGAGGAUUGCGUAAAAAAUUACGUCGUGAUGCUGUGCCCACCAUUUUCCCACCAAACAUUAGCAGCACCCUGGAUUCAUCGGAUGCAACUACUGAGACGGAAAGUCAGACAACUUCGGAAUCAUUGGUUAGUUCAGAAUCGCGCUCCGCUACUCCGUUAGGAGAUGUUUCCGGAGAACUCGGAGAAACAAAAAGUUCCGAUGGAACAUUGCCAACAAUAGCAGCUACCCCAUGUGUCAAAAGAAAACAAAAAAGAAGAAGGGUAUCAGAACAUCCAAACACACAAGUUGUGUCACAUCCGGUUGGUUCAAGUGGGAAUGUCGUUCUACACGGUGAAAUUAAUCUCCUGGGAAGCACGAUCCAACUUCACCUGCCAAUUACUGCAACUGUUACAGACACCAAUGUUUUACUUCCUACUUAUAGCUUGCCAACCAUGGUUGAUCAGUCAACAAAUACAGACUUAUAUUGGUCUAAGGAUCAUAAGACAUUUGUCCUUGAUACGAGUUAUGUUUCAAAAGUCAAUAUUGGUAUCCAGACCAAAAAAAUAAGAUAUCGUCAACGAGGAACACAAUGUUGUCUAUUGAAGGACCGCGUAAAAAGAGCUAAAGGAUCUUUUUCUGGCAAAAAAAAUAAAAAAGGAAAAACCUGUGAAAAAACAUCACUCGCAAGUGGCAAAGGACAGCUGAACGAAGAUGAAGGUUCAGAUAAUGGCCAAAUAGACCUGUUAGAAGAAGAAAUUGAACCAUCCAAGCAUUCUGACUAUGAUAAUAUACAAUUCAGUGAAGACAUUGAGAUGUCACAAAGUUUAUUUUAUUCAACACCAUUGAGCGCUGCCAAACUGUGCAGCAGAUUAGAAAUAAACGAACUGUCACCUUUGAAGAAAAACAUUAGAGAUUGUCAUACAAUUCAACUUACAAGUAUAAAUUUAUUGGAAGAAGAAAAUGAUGCUAUAGAAGAAGAACCUGAUUUAUCGCCUGGGGUAAUUAUGGAAUCUGAUGAAGAGGAAGACGAAGAUUUAUCUACAUUCCUAGAAGACUUUGAGGAUGAGAUAGAGCCUCUAGAUCAAGUAACAAUCGAUGGGAACCAAAUGGAUAUAAUUGGAGGUGAUAUCAAAGACCCUGUUAGUGAAAAUAAAUUUAUAGUUUUCGAAAGUUGCCUGGAUAGUCUGAUCAGUAUGAUUCCAUGCCAAUAUAGGAAGUCAUGUGGGAGUCGACUAACUCAUAAGAAGAUUAGACAGAUCGGAUCUGCGAUUAACUUGGAUGUGAAAUGUGUCCGGGGUCACAUUCAACUACUAUGGACCAGCCAGCCGAGAGUAAAUCGCAUUUCCGCCGGCAACCUACUCUUGUCUAGUGCAAUAGUGCUUAGUGGGAAUCACUUCCUCAAAAUAAAAAUGUUUUUUGAUAUAAUAAAUAUUUUUAUGAUAUCUCGUUCAACCCAUUACCGUUACCAGCCAAAAUACAUUUUUCCAAGCAUACACGAAGAAUGGCAACAAGAACGUGCAAAAAUUGUCUCUGCACUAGGAAGAUCACCUGUAUGCUUGGCGGGUGACGGUCAAUCUGACAGCCCUGGAUUUUCAGCUAAAUAUUGUAUAUAUACAAUGAUGGAGACUGACCAAGGAAAAAUAGUCGACUUUAGUGUUGUACAAAUAAUUCCUCCGGCAUCUUCAGUUAGCCUAGAAAAAAAUGCUUUUAAAGAAACAAUAGACCGAAUUAUAGAAAAAAAUAUAAAUGUUAGAAUAGUGGCAACCGAUCGCCAUGUUUCAAUACGGAAACUAAUAAAAGAUGAAUAUCCACGGAUAAUCCAUCAAUUUGAUGUUUGGCAUCUGGCAAAGUCAGUUGGGCAAAAAAUUCUAACUGCUUCAAAAACCCAAAAUUGUUCUGCCCUCUCACCGUGGAUAUCAUCCAUAAAAAACCAUCUAUGGUGGUGCGCUAGAAAUUGUGAUGGCAACCCUACAAAAUUAGUGAUAAGAUGGAAGUCCGUUCUAAAACAUGUUUUAAAUAUACACGAAUGGGAAACAGAAGAUGAAUACUCACGGUGCCAUCAUAACACAGAAAUACAAGAUAAAAAGUGGCUCCUUGAUCACUCUGCCGCAUUUGAAAAGCUGAAAAGUAUUGUUGAAAGUCAGAAACUUAUAAAGGACAUUGAACAUCUUUGUUUUUUUGUCAUACAGGAGAUUUAGAGGUUUUCCACUCCUGCGUACUAAAGUACCGACCUAAACGGGUGCAUUUUUAUUUCGAUGCCAUGGUAGCUCGUACAACACUCGCUGUUUUGGAACACAAUACAAAUGUUGGCAGAGUACAGGCAGUUUUCCAAGAAAGGACUGAUGCAGAGGGUCAGGAACAAGCUAAAAAAUAUAGAUUUGAGUACAGUAAAGCACGCAAAGCCUGGGUGGUCAAGUUACUGUACGAACCACGGUCUCAAGAAUUUUUGAAGCCAAUAUUCAUUAGAAUUAUUGAACUUGCUGAGGGAAAAUUUGAAUCCACAUGGGAAUCUGCCUUGCCCAGUUUACCCCGAAACAUAGCACCAGUUGAAAGGCCACCUAAAGAAGAUCUGGUGCGAAGACAUCUCUUUAGAAAAUAAAUUUUCUACAAUGAUACUACUAAAUUUUGUUAUUAUAUUGUUUUAUUUACAUUUACUUUACUAAUGCAUAUUAUGGUUAUCCUUCUUGUAAAUGUUGUAUUAAAUUUUUUCGUUUCUUGUAAUUAUAACAUCGUUUUACAUGUACAUGUUGCAAAUGUUAAUUAGUUUUUGUUAUUAAAAAUAAAUUGUUCAAAUAUCUUGCUGAAUUUUUAUACAAUUUUUCUAGUUGUUCAAGGUGAAACCCACUGGAAUUCUGUAUUAUAAAUUUAGUAAAUAAAAUAAAUUGCAAUACAUAAAAUUAUUAAAACCUUUCAUAGUAAAAAUUUUUUUAAAAAAUGUAUUUAAAAU